GAGGCGGCGGCGGCGGCGUUCGCGGCUGUUGCUGUUUUUUUUUCCUGCGAGGCGCGGAGAGCGCAGAAACAAGCAACCGGAACCAGGGAAACUGCUGGGAUUUAAUAAGACGGGCUCUGCAGAGGGAUAACGUGUGCCUGGAGGCGAGGCAGGGGAAGGAGCGAGAGAGAAGAGGCAGAGGAGCGAAGAGGGGGCGAAAGGACACGUCGGGGGAGGGGGCAUUUCUUCAGGGUCUCCUUUGGUAACCUCCGACCUUUUCAGCCUUGGUGGACCGAGAACGGACGAAGCGGGGGGGUCGGUGUUGCUCAGCCCGCAGACUUCGGAUCUAUCACCUCGGAUUUCUUCUUUUUUUUUCUUCCCCUUCCGGUGCUUUGGAUUUUUAUUGUUUUCCUUUUUCAAUUUCAAGGAUAUCUGUACACGCCAGCCUAGUACACACCUCGUGGCAAACUUAUCCCAGAUGGCCAAUUCCCUCAACGGCCGGAACCCAGGUGGCCGAGGAGGAAACCCCCGCAAAGGACGCAUUUUAGGCUUCAUUGAUGCUAUUCAGGAUGCAGUUGGCCCCCCCAAGCAAGCAGCUGCUGAUCGCAGGACUGUUGAAAAAACUUGGAAAUUAAUGGAUAAAGUGGUAAGGCUGUGUCAGAAUCCCAAACUUCAGUUGAAGAACAGCCCACCUUACAUACUUGACAUUUUACCAGAUACCUACCAACAUUUGCGACUUAUAUUGAGCAAAUACGAUGACAACCAGAAGCUUUCACAGCUCAGUGAAAAUGAAUAUUUUAAAAUCUAUAUUGACAGCCUCAUGAAAAAAUCAAAGAGGGCUAUAAGACUAUUUAAAGAAGGAAAAGAGAGGAUGUAUGAGGAACAGUCGCAGGACAGGCGAAAUCUCACAAAACUAUCCCUCAUCUUCAGUCACAUGCUUGCAGAAAUCAAAGCAAUCUUCCCAAAUGGCCAAUUCCAAGGCGAUAACUUUCGUAUCACAAAAGCAGAUGCUGCAGAAUUCUGGAAAAAGUUCUUUGGAGAGAACACGUUUGUUUUGUUUUCUUACUACAGAACCAUAGUGCCUUGGAAGGUGUUUCGGCAAUGUCUACAUGAAGUACAUCAGAUUAGUUCUGGUCUGGAAGCAAUGGCUUUGAAGUCUACCAUUGAUUUGACUUGUAAUGACUAUAUUUCAAUAUUUGAAUUUGAUAUCUUCACAAGAUUAUUUCAGCCUUGGGGGUCAAUAUUAAGAAAUUGGAACUUCUUAGCAGUGACGCAUCCUGGAUAUAUGGCGUUUUUGACUUAUGAUGAAGUUAAAGCACGGUUGCAAAAAUACAGCAACAAACCAGGAAGCUACAUUUUUAGAUUAAGUUGCACUCGACUAGGACAGUGGGCCAUUGGAUAUGUCACUGGUGAUGGAAAUAUUUUACAGACCAUACCUCAUAAUAAGCCUCUGUUUCAAGCACUGAUUGAUGGUAGCCGGGAAGGAUUCUAUCUUUACCCAGAUGGACGGAGUUAUAAUCCUGAUUUGACAGGACUUUGUGAACCCACCCCACAUGAUCACAUAAAAGUUACACAAGAACAAUAUGAAUUGUAUUGUGAAAUGGGCUCCACAUUUCAGCUUUGUAAAAUUUGUGCAGAAAAUGAUAAAGAUGUGAAGAUUGAGCCUUGUGGGCAUCUUAUGUGCACAUCUUGCCUUACAGCAUGGCAGGAGUCUGAUGGUCAGGGAUGUCCUUUCUGUCGUUGUGAAAUCAAAGGAACUGAACCCAUAAUUGUUGACCCCUUUGACCCCAGGGAUGAAAACACGAGGUGCUGUAGCAUUAUGGAUAAUUUUAGUUUACCCCUGCUCGAUUUGGAUGAUGAUGAUGACAGAGAAGAGUCCUUGAUGAUGAAUCAAUUGGCUUCUGUACGAAAGUGUAAUGAAAGAAAGAAUUCUCCUGUGACAUCCCCAGGAUCUUCUCCACUUGCUCAAAGAAGAAAACCACUUCCUGAUGCCCUGCAAGGAUCUCACCUUAGCCUCCCACCAGUGCCUCCUCGACUAGAUCUAAUUCAGAAGGGAGUUGCUCGAUCCCCUUGUGCCAGUCCUGCUAGCUCACCAAAGUCAUCACCAUGUAUGAUGAGAAAACAAGAUAAGCCUCUUCCUGCACCACCACCACCUGUACGAGAUCCUCCUCCACCUCCACCAGAAAGACCUCCUCCCAUUCCACUGGAUAAUAGGUUAAGUAGACACAUGCAUCACCCUGAAAGUGUGCCUUCCAGAGACCAGCCGAUGCCACUUGAAGCCUGGUGCCCCAGAGAUGUAUGUGGGACUAAUCAUACAGUGGGAUGUCGAAUAGUAGGAAGUGACAGUUCUCCCAAGCCUGGACUCACUGCAGGCUCAAAAGUGAAUGGUGGGCAUUGUCGCAUGGGUUCUGAUCCAAUAUUUCUGCGGAAGCACAGACACCACGAUUUGCCUUUAGAAGGUGCCAAGUUGUUUUCAAAUGGUCAUCUAGGUAGCGAGGAAUAUGAUGUUCCACCUCGACUCUCACCCCCUCCUCCAGUUGCUUCGGUCACGAUGAAUAUGAAGUCUUCUGUUCCUGUCACAAAUUCUCUCCCUGAGAAACUGAAAGAAAAUGCAGAAGAUGAUGAGUACAAGAUUCCUUCAUCCCAUCCUGUUUCUUUGACUACACAAUCAUCUCAUUCUCAUAAUACAAAAUCUCAGAUUCGUGUAUGUGAAAAUGGUCAGUCCUCUGGAAUGCUUAAUGAAACUCACAGUGCUGGCUCUGAGAUGAAAAGAUUGAGACAUCCAGAGAUGGGAGAUGCCCUUGAGUCCACCAUCCCAGGACCACUGCUACCUGCACGACCUCCUGUGAGAGAAAACUUGAAACGUGGCUCAGUUCUGAAUAGAACUCCCUCUGACUACGACCUGCUUGUACACCCUCCAGGUAAAGAUGUGUUGAACAACCAGCCCCCCUCACUUCCUCCUCCUCCUCCUCCACCACCGCCACCACCUGCACGCCACAGCCUUAUUGAGCAGACAAAACCACUUGCUGCAGGAAGCAGACCUCUGUCUGGGCAUGAAUUGUACCUUCCUCCUGCUGAACUUUUCUUUGAUCCUGUAAAUGGUUUAGUUCCUUUACCUCCCGUUCGAAGAUUAACUGGUGAAAAUAUGAAAUCCCAUAGAACAUCCCAAGAUUAUGACCAACUUCCGUCUUGUUCUAAUGGUUCACAAGCUCCAGCCAGACCUCCUAAACCACUUCCUCGUAGGACUGCUCCAGAAGUACACCAUAGGAGGGCACAUAAUUCUGACUCACCUAUAGAAAAUGUUGAUGCAAAAAUUGCAAAACUUAUGGGGGAAGGCUAUUCAUUUGAAGAAGUCAAGCGGGCACUUGAAAUAGCUCAGAAUAACCUUGAUGUAGCACGGAGUAUUCUAAGAGAAUUUGCUUGCUUCCCUCCAUCAAUUUCCCCACGUCUCAAUCUAUAGCAGUAUGGAACAUCUGCAUCAAGCCAAAUUUCCAUAAUGUGUACGUGAAUUUGAAAUAUUGUGCAAGUAUGAGACAAGAUUCAAGGAAGAUACUGUUCUCUAGGUAUCUUUGAAGAUUUGCCACAGUUUUCAGAAGAAAAUAACUGCUCAGUGCAAAAUAUGUGGAUUGUAUUUUUGCUAGCCAUACUUUUUUGAAUCAGGGUUGAACUGAGAAAUAAUUUAAAGAAGUUUACUUCUCAUGAACUUUUAAUCUGUGAAAUGCUUUUAUCAUGUUUACAAGGUGGUGAGUGACCAUUUUCAAGCUGAUAGCCCUCCUAUGUUCUUCUUAUUCACACUUUCUGUGCUUGUCUAGUGUUUCCAUGUUUUUGUACUGACCUUUCUCAUUGAAUAAGUUGUGAAUGUUCUGUCUUUAUUUCUCAGAAAAAAUUUCUUCGCAUUUCAGGAUCAAGCAAAUGAAAAGAAAUGUGGCCUUCAUUACUAUGUUCCCCCAUUCUGAUAUACUUUUGCUAUUUAGAGAAAGAAAUGAAUGUGUAAUACAAUUUUGUCUUUAGUUUGUCUUUUUAAAGGUAUCUUGACCUUGGCAUUAGGCAGCUUUUCUUCAGCAUGCAGCCGUUAAUCUUCAAGAUCUAGAUGGCUUCAGUAAUAAAAGUGCACAAUACUAAAUUGUAUGGUAGUGUCCCAGAAAUGUAAAUUAUUUCUGGAACAUACGCAGAGAAUCAAAAUAUAUGCAUUUAAAAUUAUCCCUUCUUCAAUGAUGAACUUGAUGAAGGGUGCCCACAUUCAUGCUGUGAAUAUUGUAAGGCAUGCCAGAUACUGUAGAUCCAUCAUGCAGAGUUAUAUUAGCAGGGUCAGGUAAAUUACAGUCCUGUCUUUUGCAAAGUGGAACACAGUUAAUUUCCUGUGUGGAUUAUUAUAAUUCAUUACUGUUUUGGAGACAGAAGAACUUUGCAUUGAGUUUUAAUAUUACUACAGCACCAUUUUUGCAAAACUCAUGAAAUUUACUUUACUCCCUUAAAUGUGUAUUCAGUGCCCUAAUCAAUAGAUGCCAUCAUAUCUUCAUUCUUGGAAAUAACUUGUUUCUUAUUGCCUAGCAUUCAUAGUGGUAUUCCACACUGGUACAUUUCAAAGCACAAACCAAAUCAAGACCUCUAACUUAUUAAGUGAAUUCUUAAUAAAUUCGAGAAGAAGUUCA